AUGGAGCUGAUACAGCCUUCACAUCCAUUGCACGGCUCAGCUGGUGAAUCCCUUUCUGGGUUCUCGUCUCCGGUGAGUUUCCGACGUGGGUUUGACCGGCCGGCCACUACCUCUCAUUUGGCUGAGAUUUUUGAAGAAGAAGAUAGUGGUGGCGGCGUUGAUAAGGUACAUGUGGCAGUUGGCAAGUCUGUUGAGAAAGCUGUGAGCUUGCUUCAUUGGACUUUCAAGCACUUUGGCUGUAAAGAAAUUUGUAUACUUCAUGUUCAUCAGCCUUCUCAGCUCAUUCCGACUCUCUUAGGAAAGCUACCAGCAAGUCAAGCAAAUGCCGAAGUGGUAUCUGCUUUCAGAAGGGAGGAAGGGGAACGGAAAAUGAAGCUUUUGCAAAAUUAUUUGAGGGUUUGCUCUAGAGCAAAGGUUAAAGCAAGCAUUGCCAUGGUUGAAGCUAAUGAAAUUCAGAAAGGAAUUGUAGACUUGGUCAACAGACAUGGGGUUAGGAAGCUUGUUAUGGGGGCUGUACCAGAAAAUUGCAUGAAGGUGAAAAAGAACUCCAGAAAAGCAAAUUAUGCUGCCAAAUAUGCUGCCUUGUUUUGUGAAAUAUGGUUUAUCAACAAAGGGAAACAUGUCUGGACGAGAGAUGCUUCAGAAGGCCAAAGUUCUCCGCCUUCAUGUAGGCAACUGCAGAUUGCCAAAGUUCUCCCUCAAGAAAAUAAGGAAUUUCACCAAGAAUCAGCUGCAUCACCAACUUUAUCUUGUUCUACAAAUACGUCCUUACCCUACAAUAUUCAUAAUUCAAUUAGUUCAAGUAUAAGCUCUGGUUCAGGAUAUAAUUCUGCCGAGGGAAUGAUGUCUUCAGAUUCUGAUAUAAAUGUUGAGGAACAGAGUUUAUAUGAUAGGCUUGCAGAAGCUACAUUAGAAGCUGAGGCAUCAAAGGACAAGGCAUUUGCAGAGCUAUUGAAGCGCAAAAAUUUAGAAUCAGAAGCUAUGAAAGCUAUCUACAAGGUCAAGCAAUUUGAGUUAGCCCAUGCCCGUGAAGUUAAACUUAGAACAGAGGCUGAGGAUGCCCUGAGAACUACGAUGGGGGAACAACAAAAACUCUUGCAAGAGAAGGAAGAAGUUAGUAGAGAGAUAAGGAGGACCAUGACAAAUAUUGCCCUUCUAGACAGUCGAGCACAGGAAGCAAAUCGUAGGUUUAAUGAAGCUUCUGGGGAAGUGAAACUAAUUCAGACUUCAAUUGCAACUCUUCAGCAAGAAAAACAGAGUAUUCAACGACAGAAGAUGGAAGCCCUACGCUGGCUUGAGCGGUGGAGAAAUCAUCGACAGGCUGGAGCUGCAAACUGCAAUGGGCUCAUUGGGUCUGCUGAAGAACUGCCGAAGUUGUCAGAAUUCUCAUUGUCAGAUCUACAAACUGCAACAUGCAAUUUUUCUGAGAGCUUCAAAAUUGGGCAGGGAGGAUAUGGUUGUGUUUUUAAGGGGGAAAUGAUGGGCAGAACUGUCGCUAUAAGGAAGUUGCAUCCACAUAACAUGCAAGGACAAGCAGAGUUUCAACAAGAGGUACAAGUACUUGGAAAAUUACAGCAUCCUCAUCUUGUGACCUUGCUUGGUGUGUGUCCAGAAGCCUGGUCGCUUGUGUAUGAGCACUUAUCCAAUGGGAGCCUCCAAGACCAUCUUUUCAGGAAAAGCAACGUUUCAUCAGUGCCAUGGAAGACCCGAACACGGAUAAUUGCUGAAAUAUCUAGUGCCCUUUGCUUCUUGCACUCUUCUAAACCUGAAAAGAUUGUCCAUGGUGAUUUGAAGCCCCAAAACAUACUACUAGAUUCAGAACUUAGCUGCAAGAUUUGUGAUUUUGGGAUUUGCAGGCUGGUAACUGAAGACAAUCUUUAUUGUCGAAGUUUCCGCCGGGGUACUGAGCCAAAGGGUGCUUUUCCUUACACAGAUCCAGAGCUUCAGAGAAUUGGAGUCCUGACUCCCAAGUCUGAUAUUUAUUCCUUUGGGCUAAUCAUUCUCCAGUUAGUCACCAGAAGGCCUCCAGUUGGCUUAGCAAGUGAGGUGCGCAAGGCAGUUUUAUGUGGAAACUUGGCUUCAAUUCUGGAUUCCUCAGCUGGAGAAUGGCCUAUAACUGUGGCAAGGCGAUUGGUAGACCUUGGGCUGCAAUGCUGUGAAUUGAAUAGUAGCGAAAGACCAGAGAUCACACCAGCUUUAGUGAGGGAAUUGCAUCAGUUGCAUGCCCCUGAAGAGCGACCAGUGCCAUCUUUUUUCUUGUGCCCGAUCCUUCAGGAAAUAAUGCACGACCCUCAGGUGGCAGCUGAUGGCUUCACUUACGAAGGUGAAGCUUUGCGUGGAUGGUUGCAAAAUUGUCGUGAAACGUCUCCGAUGACCAAUUUGAAAUUGAGUCACUUGCAUCUCACUCCCAACCAUGCCCUACGGCAUGCUAUUCAAGAUUGGCUUUGCAAGUCUUGA